AUGGCGCACGAGAAGGCAUGGGCGGAAUAUUACGUCAACAACUCGCGCUCGGAUUUCAAACUCAUCGACGACGGCUACUCCGAUAUAGAUGGCAGUGAUAAAUCGAAUUACAAUAAUUAUUACGACAACCAGACCCUGGACUUGGAGUACCAUGAGUCCAAUUUCACUACGGACGAUUAUUGCUCGUCGAACUACUCGCACGUAUAUCUGAACGUCACUUGCCAAUUUCCGGUUAACUAUGCAGAGCCCAUGUACGGGUACAUCGCUCCCUUCCUGCUAGCCACAACGACAGUAGCCAAUACUCUAAUCGUAGUCGUGCUAUCGCGCCGUCACAUGAGAACACCCACCAACGUCGUUCUAAUGGCGAUGGCUCUCUGCGACAUGUUCACGAUGCUGUUCCCAGCACCCUGGCUCUUCUACAUGUACACAUUCGGAAACCACUACAAGCCCCUCAGCCCCGUCCAAGCGUGUCAGGCGUGGAAUUAUAUGAAUGACGUAAUACCCGCGAUGUUUCAUACUGCUAGUAUAUGGCUCACCCUCGCAUUAGCGGUACAGAGAUACAUCUACGUGUGUCAUGCACCAGUCGCAAGAACAUGGUGUACAAUGCCGCGUGUGAAAAAGUGUCUUAUAUACAUCGGGAUAGCGGCUUUCCUUCAUCAGUUCCCUCGGUUCUUCGAGAAGGAGUACGUGCCCCACUAUACCAUCUGGAGAGGUCACAGAGAAGAAGUCUGUAGAGGAAAACUCGCGUCCUGGCUGUACAGCAUAUCAGUGGACGGCUACUUCACAGCUUACUUCACUUUCCGAGUGCUCUUCGUGCACUUAAUCCCCUGCACUUCGCUGGUGGUCCUCAACGUUCUCCUCUUCAGAGCGAUGAGGACAGCGCAGGUCAAUCGGCAGAAGUUGUUCAAAGAGAGCCGCAAGACCGAAUGCAAGAGACUGAGCGACUCAAAUUGCACAACCUUGAUGCUCAUCGUUGUUGUAACCGUCUUUCUCCUCGUCGAGAUUCCCGUCGCCGUGGUCACCAUCCUCCACAUCAUUUCCAGCACGCUGAUGGAGAUCCUGGACUACGAUAUCGCGAACAAACUGAUAUUGGUGACGAAUUUCUGUAUCAUCCUCUCCUAUCCCAUCAAUUUCGCAAUCUACUGCGGCAUGUCCCGCCAAUUUAGGGAGACGUUCAAGGAAUUAUUCAUCAGGGGCGCCGUCACCACCAGAAAUGGUGGUUCGAGUCGGUACUCGCUCGUCAACGGGCCCCGGACUUGCACUAACGAAACUGUACUUUAA